AUGGUUCGAAUCACGUUUUUCAGCGCCGUGAUGGCCAGCGUAGCACUUGCCGCCAUUGGUGCUGCUGCCACCGAAGCUGACAUAACCAAACCUGUCAAGGUUCAGUCGCUGGAUAAGCCUGUGUCGGAGGAUCUUGACGACGCAGGAAACCCGAUGCAGUACAUCAACAGUGUUUUUGGCGACGAAGAUGAUGACGACUACACUCCGGAGCAGCUCGAGCAGCGUUCCAACAUGCGACGAUCUAAGCAUCACCACAAGCACUCGCACAAGCACAAGUCGCCCGCCCACUCGCGCAAGAUGUUCAGCGUGGGCCCGCUCGACAGCGAUUCUCUGUGGAGCAAAAACGUGCAGAUCACGUGGUAUGCGUCUCAUGAUCUGAAAAACCCUCAGUGCGGUAACGGCGGUGGCAGCUGGCAGCCCGAGAAUAGCUCGCACAUCGGCGCUGUCGUCAAAGGCUGGACGGACGGUCCGCAGUGUGGCGAGUUCGUAAAGCUGUGCAACAAGGACGCCAACAACCACUGUGUUCAGGUUAGGGUCAUUGACAAAUGCGCCGGGUGCGGAGAGAACCAUGUCGACUUGACCAAGUCGGCGUUCAAGAAACUCAGUCCCAGCGGUACUUUGACCGAAGGCCGCAUUCAUGGCCUUCAAAUGUAUCACAGCUCCAAGCCAAACCCUUGGGAUCUCGCGCUGUUCGGCCCCAAGCUGCUUCAGGCUUGA